GAAUUAAAGGGGAUGCUAGGCAAGAGGCUGGAUACAGGGGCUGGAUGGAUGUGAGAAUAUGGGCUAUGUGGGGAGGAGCGCUGUCUCAAAAGCGAGCGGCACUGUCGUGUAAUGUAGCAGUCCAGCCUGAGCAGAGCAGCGAUCAGACAGGGCGCAGCAUCAGGGAUUCAAGGAACUGCAACUGUAGGAAGAGGCAGUGAGAGGCCCGAGCAAGGCAGCAGCUAAAAAGCCUCAACCCAGAGAAGCGGUGCCUGUGGAUGGACAGUGCAGGCACCAAUGGCAUCACAGGAGCUUGUGGAUGCGAGAGACUCUUCCACUGAUAAUCUGAACCCAGGAAUGGAGGGUGGUGCUGUGCCCAGCGGUGGUAAAACUUGUCCUGUCCACACCCCAGGCGGAGAGGAUACAAAGAGGGGCUUUCGGAAAGGCAUAGGGAGGCAUAAUGACUACGUAAAGAUCUCUGUGUCGGAGUCCAAGGUCAAUCGCCUGCCCAUGGAGUGGUGGAAGACAGCAGUCGCCUUCUUUUAUGCUGGUUUUAACUUGGUCCUGACCACAGUCGUCAUCACUGUAGUCCACGAGAGGGUCCCGCCCAAAGAAAGCAGCCCGCCUCUUCCUGAUAAGUUUUUUGACUAUAUUGACAGGGUUAACUGGGCAUUUACAGUGACAGAGAUCAAUGGCAUGGUGCUGCUGGCCAUUUGGUUGAUCCAGUUGUUCUUCUUCAGAUAUAAGUCAAUAGCAAGCAGGCGGUUCUUCUUCCUCAUUGGCACCCUGUAUUUGUACCGCUGUGUCACUAUGUACAUCACCACCCUGCCUGUACCUGGCAUGCAUAUGACUUGUGCUCCAAAGCUCCACGGAGACUCCCAGGCAAAAAUCCAGCGAAUUUUGCGACUGGUCUCAGGUGGGGGUCUGUCCAUUACAAGCUCCCAUCUCUUGUGUGGAGACUUCCUCUACAGUGGACACACUGUGAUGCUCACUCUCACCUACCUGUUCAUCAAGGAGUACUCACCACGGUCGUUUUGGUGGUACCAUCUGAUGUGCUGGCUGCUGAGUGCCGUUGGUGUGGUGUGCAUCUUGGUGGCACAUGAGCACUACAGUGUGGAUGUGGUCGUGGCCUAUUUUAUCACCUCUCGCCUGUUCUGGUGGUACCACACCAUGGCCAAUUUACAGACUCUGAAAUGCUCGCCCAACAACUACCUCACCAACACCUGGUGGAACCCACUAUUCAACUUCCUGGAGAGGAACGUCCAAACUUCGGUGCCAUGCUCUUACAGUUGGCCCAUCACUUGGCCUCCUGCCUGCCUUAAGAACCCCUGCAAGAAGUACUCCAUGGUACAGAGUACACGAGAGGAGUGACAUGACCCUGAUACCCCAGCAGUGUUGCCUGAUAAUCCACUGAAGUGGUGUUUCUUCAUUCAGUCUUGUCUGCUGGACAGGAACAUAAUGCUACCAAAUGCAUAGCUAUGAAAGAAAUGUUUUCCGCAAAAAUGUGUCUAGAAGGAUAAACUUAAAUUAAACUGUCUCUAUGUGUUCUUUGUCGAUGUAAUUUAUUUAUGAGAUAAAGUCCUGAAAAGCUCCUAAGUGACUUUCAGACAUGAACGGACAGUUUGUUGCAACUGACUCGCAGGUUUGUUGCAGCAUUUGCCAGACUUUAUUUUUCAAUCUGCUACCGUAGCUCUUUCAUACUAUGUGUGUUGACGGGGUUUACCUCAAUAUGAUAUCAAUGUGCUCAAGUCACAAGGUGCCUUAGUGUGUUUAAUGUCAGUAGGUGUUCCAAAACUGCCAUUACGGGUUUUGGUGUCUUUGUUUGUUUGUUUUUCUAUGAGUUUUUUAUAUUAUUAUUAAUAUUGUAUUAUUUCAGUAGCCUUGAGUGUGUAAAUCUUAGCUGUAGUCUCAACAUUGUACUAUUGUAUUAAAACUUAACCAUA